AUGGCCGCCUUCGUGCCCUCGGCGGCCGCGGCCAGCCCGGCGGCGCAGCCGCUGCGGGCGGUGCCCCUCGGCUCGGCGGCGCCCGCGGCGGCCGCGCCCGCCCGCGCCGGCCCGAUGGCCGCCUUCGUGCCCUCGGCGGCCGCGGCCAGCCCGGCGGCGCAGCCGCUGCGGGCGGUGCCCCUCGGCUCGGCGGCGCCCGCGGCGGCCGCCGGCGCCCGCGCGCCGGGCGGCGGCGCGCGGACCUCGGGGGGCAAGGCGAGGGGGGGGAUGUCGGCGGUCGGCGUGACGGCGCCCCUGGGCUACUUCGAUCCGCUGGGGUUCUGCCAGGUCGGCGACUACGCAGGCUUCCACAAGCUCCGCAGCUCCGAGCUGAAGCACGGGCGCGUCGCCAUGAUGGCCGCCUUCGGGACCGCUUUCCAGCACUUCGUGAAGCUCCCGGGCUUCGAGCAGACCCCUGCAGGGCUCGGGGCGCUCACCGACCCUACGGGUGUGCUCGGGUUCACCUGCCUCAUCCUCCCCAUCGCCGCGUUCACGGAGAGCGUGUACUGGAAGGAUGACGACCUGUCCAAGGAGCCCGGCAACUUUGGGGACCCGGGAGACUGGGCGGGGCUCUUCGGCGCCUUCGGCGGCGGCUACAGCGACGAGAUUCGGAACAAGGAGCUCAACAACGGCCGCAUGGGAAUGAUUUCGGUCAUGGGAAUCCUGCUGGCGGAGAUUGCCACCGGCAAGGACGGCAUCCAGCAGUUCGGCCUCUGA